AUGCCUCACCGCCACGACCAUCAAAGAAAUCAGUGUAGCAGACUCGAAGAAGGCCUUCAGGCCCAAAGAGAGGCUCAGGGCCUGGUGGGUUCACAGGCUCCCAGGGCUCAGGAGGAGGGGGCGGCUCCCUCCUCCUCUACUGUGACCCUGGGCACCCUGGAGGAGGCUGCUCCUGCUGCACCACAGAGUCCUCCGGGGAGUCCUCAGGGAGCCUCGUCCUCCUCCAGUAGCCUGGCCUUCACUCCAGAGCACCGCUCCAAUGAGGGAUCCAGCAGCGAAGAAGAGGAGUGGCCAAGCUCCUCGGAGGAUCCGGAAGACCCGUCAUCUGUCCUGCAGGAGGCACUAGAAAAUGAGAUGUGUGAUUUGGUUCAUUUCCUGCUCCUCAAGUAUCGCUUCAAGGAGCCGAUCACCAAGGCAGAAAUGCUGGAUAUUGUCAUCAAAGAUUACCAAGACCACUUCCCUGUGAUCCUCAGUGAAGCUUCCGAGUGCAUGCAGAUGGUCUUUGGCAUCGAUGUGAAGGAAGUGGAUCCUGCCGGCCACUCCUAUGUUCUCGUCACCACCCUGGGCCUCACCUACUAUGAGGAGCUGAAUGAUGACCAGAGCUUUCCCAAGGCCGGCCUCCUGAUCAUCAUGCUGGGCUUGAUCCUCUUCGAGGGCGACUGCGCCCGGGAGGAGGUCAUCUGGGAUGCCCUGGGUGGGAUGGGGGUGCAUGCUGGGAGUGAGCAUUACAUCUACGGGGAGCCCCGGAAGCUCAUCACCCAGGAUUGGGUGCAGGAAGGGUACCUGGAGUACCGGCAGGUGCCUAACAGCGAUCCUGCAUAUUAUGAGUUCCUGUGGGGUCCGAGGGCCCAUGCUGAAGCCAGCAAGGUAAAAGUCCUGGAGUAUGUGCUCAAGGUCAAUUGGAGCGGCCCCAGAUCCUUCCCAUUCCUGUAUGAAGAGUCUGUGAGUGAUGAGGAAGAGGAGGUGUGA